AUGUCAUCUAGUAUAUCGCCAAAGGAAGAAGCUGUGACAAGCGAUACAGGCACUGAAAACAAUGACUCUGGAAAUAAUGUAUCAACUACAAAGAGAAAGAAGAAGACAAAGUCAUCCAAUUUGUCUGACGAACAGAAAAAGGCCCAUCAUAUAGCUUCGGAGCAAAAGCGAAGGGAAAAUAUUCGUGCCGAAUUUGAUAAAAUAGUGUCGCUUACGCCAAACUUGACUGAGCUGGAGAAUAGAUCAGAAUUAAACAUUUUGACUAAAAGUGCCGAUUAUAUUGACCAGUUGAAGGAUGAAAAUGUUAAAUUGAUUGAACUAUGCCGGGCCAAAGGAAUCGAAGUACCAGAGGAAUUGAUUUACAAAGGUCCCCAAAAUGAUGGCAGUGAUAUAGCUAUAUAG